AAGUUUGCUUUUACAUUCGUUUCUGCUAAAUGUCCUGACACUACAGUGCAUGGCUACAUACUAAUAGUUUCAACAGAAAUACUGCAGUGGAGGAAACUGCCAAACUGAAAUGGCACAGAGCAGAAGAAUUUUCAUAGCCAAAGGACCAUGGUGAAUAGUGAGGAAGAAAAUAAAUGCAGCUAAACAAUCAUGGAUCCAGAGGGAAUGCCAAAUUCUGACAUGGAACCCACCAAAAUUCUGGAUGAUGAACUUGCGGCUGCUGGUCUUGACUCCUUAUUUUGGUCCAAAGUGUUAAAAGAUAAAUUAGGAGUGACUGAUAAAAAACAGCUAGAUUAUUUAGACGAGAAGGACUUUAUAUUGCUAAAGGAGCACAUUCGCUUCAGAUGGGAGGAAAAAGCUCUUUGGAAAUUGUUCAAUAUUUCAGAACCAUCAAAAUCUGAAGAUCAUACAAAAACAGAAGGAAAACCAACUACAAAACAGGAAGAUGUUUUAGCUUUCUCGAAAGCAUGUGAACAUCAUGUGACCAAACACAAAGCGAAGGCAAAAGAACUUGAGGCAAAAUUGAAAACAGUUCAUGAGGAGCCUAAAGAAACAUACCUGAAAAAUGAAAGAACCCUUAAGGAUUGUGUUGAAGGUUUGAUGAAAAAACCCUUUAUAGGCAGUGAAUCUAAAUGUUCACCUGCCAUGUCCAUUUCUGAUGAAGAGAUUUUAAAAACGUCUUCUGGUGGUCUUGCUCUUCAAGGAAUUUUCAAAACUGACAAAGUGGAAGAUCUGUUGAAAGACAGACAACAACUGAUCAAAGUCGAUACCUGCAAACUUGCUGGACCAAGACAUAACUCUCACUACAGGAAAUAUGAGUUUUCUUGCUACAAAUCUCACAAAGAGUUUUUUGAAUCUGUUGGGAAACUGGGCUACAGCUACAGUGUAGAACAUGACCUUGGAUUUCCAGCUGUGCAAGCAAAGUAUGGCCUGCAAAAUGCAUCUGUUUCCUCCACAACUGCAUCUUUGGAAGACCAGUGUGAGAAAGCUUAUGAAGCAGUGACACUUUGUCAUUACAUACCACUGGCUUCAACUUUCAUUGACCAACUUAUUUUAUCCGAUUCUGCAAAAAAAGAGCUAAUAGAAAUAAACGAAUUGCUGCAUGCCAUCAAUGAAAAUGAAAACAACGCAAGACUCCUUCAACAUGCAGAGAAAUUCUUUCAAAAGUUUGGUUCUCAUGCAUCUCAAGGACCAAUUCACUUUGGUGGAACAUUUUGGUGGCAGGCACACGCUCAGGGAUUUUCAGAGCAGAACCAAAAAAAGGUGAAAACCAUGGUCAAUCAUGUUUUGGACAUGAAUUGCAGUGUGGCAUCAAAAAUGUUUUUAGGUUCACAUCACCUAAGUGUCUCUAAAGAAAAAGGAGCCUCUCACAAAACAAUUAGCGAUGAACUCAAUACUGUGGUGCAAUUCUGUAUUGAUAAAUUUGGAGGUCCAUCUGCAACAGAUGAUCACACACUGUGGAAAAGCAGUCUUGCAGAAAGCAACAAAACCUGGGCUGUCAUAGACAGAGGAUCCACUUUGACUCCAGUCUGGCAUAUCAUCAGGACUCAGCAUAAGGAUGAAUUUCAAGAUCCCUUCAGAUUGUGCACAUUUCUCAUGAGAGCUCAUGAAAAAAUCACACAUCAACGUGCAGAAUCCACAGAUGACAUUACAGUAUUAAAAACUCUGGAUGAAGCUAAAGAAAUGAUGAGGUCGGUGCACGAAUGGUCUGUUUCUGAUGCAGAAAACCAUCUCAGAGAUUUGCUCAAAAUGAAAACCCAAAUUAAGGAAACCACAACUUCAUUCAGGCAAUGGAUUGAUGUUUUCCUCUCAAACGAGGCACUUCAGAAGUUCUUAACAGACAUUACGCAAUAUGAUGAUGACAAUUUAAAAUUUAUGACAUGUUUGGUGAUGGACACACACUGCCAUGAAGUCAAAACAUUUCCAAAUAGAGCACAGAUUUUACAAUGGAUGAGAGGGAAACCAGAGUUCAAUCAAAAUAAAAAUGACAUGUUUUGCUCCAUCCAUCAGUUUUCUGAUGUGCAGAAAGUUCUUGAAAAAUCUUUUGAAGAUUUUCAGCAAAUCCCUGAAAAAGACAAGAAUAACACAAAAAACAUCACAUGUGAAGUUACCCAUGCAAUAAAUUCAUGGAUUGAUACCAUGAAAGAGACUGAUACUGACUUAGUUUUCCUUGUGCAGUCGCUCGCAAAACUUGUAGGAUACAGAGAGGACACGUUUCAUCCUAUUUUGGGUCCACAGGAAAUUGAUUUCUUAAAAAAUGAGCUGUCGGAUACACACAGAAAGUAUAUGGACUUUAGAAAGCAGAGUACCUUAAAGGCUCAGGCUUUCAGUCUAUUGACAGCCUUAACUGCAACCUAUAAGGGUCAUAUAAGCUCCAUUCAUGAGAAACAGAAAUUACUUGAUGCCUUCAAACACACUAUGAAAACAGACAUAAUUCCUGAUUUGGGAAAAGCAAUUGCUGAUUUCUUAUGUCACGUAAACUGGGAGGAGUUUGAGCAGGCACUGAGGUUGAUGAUUGCUGAACCUUUAAGACUAGAAGACAGCUCACAAUCUACAGAUAAAACAUCAUUUUCAGAAAACAAACAAACCACAGACAGCUCAGAAGUACAGCAUGGCAUUGAAAGUAAAAACACAGAGGGAUUUUUCCAACAUAAUAUUGGGCUUGCAAGCCCAUGUAAAGAGAUGUUUAAAAAACUGGACUUGCUUAAAUACUAUCCAGCAAACAUUUCAAAUGCAGAUAUUAAUAAUAUAAACAUUAAUGUGUCAAUGUGCAACAAUCAAGUUGGCAAGGAGAAAGAGCUAUGGUUUCACUUUAUCUACAAACUCUUAACACUUGACGUUAAUGUCAGGUUUUUGUGCAUUGAACCAGAGUUAUGUCUUUCCUGUGAGGCACAGUCCAAUACCUUGGAAAGCUUUAUCAAUUUUCAGGAUGAUAGUGCUGUCUCUGAUAUUAAACAAGAGACUCAUAUCCAUCCCAUGGACAUCUGCAUGGCAGUUUUCUAUUGUUCCAAUGAUUUUGUACGACAAAUUGUUUUUACACAAUUAUACAAAUGUCACUUUGCAUUACCUUUGCUGGUGCCACAGCUAUGCAAUCAAGAAAUAGAAAUGCCUGUCUGGCCACUCCAAAUGAGUGCCCUUAAAUGCCAAUCCACAGACCAAUCUGCAGUGACAAGCUCCAUAUUGGAUAUGUCUCUUCCAGUGGUGUCUUUCAUGAGACUCGGAAGUUCCAGAAUUUCAAAAUCAAACAUUAUGAAUGACGUAAUCAACAAGAACAGGCACGCAACUUUCUUCAGUCGCCACUGUAAAGGCAGUACAACAACACGGCUUUUGUUGGAUGGAGUAGCAGAGAUUUCAUGGUACUUGCCAGAGGGGAAAAGAAAUGGCAUAUUUAAAAACUCCGUGGCUUUUAUCAACCUCCAUGGUGAUGCCUGCAACCAUCCCCAACAGGUAGAGUUCCUUAAGGGACUGAGUUCAGUGAUUGUAUUACUGUUACCUGAAAAUCUCACCAGUGCUUCUGUGAAAGCAGCACUUGAUGGUUUUCUGAAACGUGAAACUCCUAUUAUUGCUUUGUUCUCUGGAAUGGAGAAAACAAACGAAAGUGGUCCUCAAAAAAUCGCUGCUAAAAACAGAAAUGAAGCUGAACUAACAAAGGAAAUCAUCUUUAAGUGUAAUCAAUAUCUCUCAAAAGAAAACAGGAAGCAAAAACUGAAGGAUCAUUUUGAUCAAGCAAAACAGCAAGGAUUCAUUGUUGGAACAGAGACUGAAAAACUAGGAAGAAACAAAGCAGAAAUGCUCAUGAACAUAUUAUAUGGCAAGGAAGGAAAAAUGCCAUCAAAAAAUGAACAUUUGCCAUUGCAAGGUCAGAUGUGGAAGGAUUGGUGCAACAAAGACAAAGAGUUUCACCGCCCGCAGAGUAAAAAACAAAAGAGCAUUGAGCAACACCGUGCUGAAAUAACUCAGGAAAAACAGAAUAUUAGAAAAGAUCAGCAGAAAAAAGCUUCUCCUAACAUCUUCAUGGAAGAUUUUCUGCAAUAUGCUGUCAAGGUGGAGGAAAAGGAAAGACUAUACUUUUUCAACUGGUUCAGCAAAUGCCUUGAUGAUGCUCUCACAAGUAACCUUGUUGAUCUUAAAAAACAGUACAACACAGCAUGGCUAAAAUACAGAGAAUCUUCAGAAGAAGAGAAAGGUAACCACAAGACGAAUAUUUCUAAGAUAUCUGACGGAAUACAGCAGGCCACAAUUGGGAUCCAACAUGUGUUUCGUGAGAUAAGUCAGUUAUAUGAAUCCCACAGCUCUUCUAAAGACAACAAGACUAUCCAUGGAAUUGAACUUGAUCAUCUACCUGAAAUAGCUGUUGAUUGGAUGCUGUCUGGACACCCACUGGAACUAAUGGUUGGUGAUACAAACUAUGUACCAAUUCAAUGGGUCAGAGCUGUCAUAAAAAAACUUACUCACAAAAUUGGGGACAAAAGAGUGUUAGUUCUUUCUGUUGUAGGGCUUCAAAGUUCUGGCAAGUCAACUCUUCUGAACACAACGUUUGGCCUUAAUUUUGCUGUAAGUUCAGGCCCAUGCACAAGAGGAGCAUUCAUGCAUUUGCUUCCAGUCGAGGAACACAUGAGGAACCAGCUGUCUGAUUACAUAUUAGUAUUGGACACAGAGGGACUGCGCUCCACAGAAAGCAAUCCUGAUAUCGUGGUCAGAAAUGACAAUGAACUGGCAACCCUCAUAAUAGGAAUCAGUGACAUUGCACUGAUAAAUGUCAUGGGAGAAAAUCUGUGUGAAAUACAAAAUAUUCUCCAGGUUUGUUUUCAGGCAUUGUUGAGAAUGAAACUUGUAAACAUAAGACCAAGUUGUAUAUUUGUUCACCAAAAUGUGUCAGACAUGGGAGCUAGGGAAAAUAACCAAGGAGGACGAAUGCAACUGAUAGAGAAACUCGACGAGAUUGCCAAGGCUGCUGCAGAAGAAGAGAAUCAGGUGGUGUCAGGCUUCAAUGACAUCAUAAACUUUGAUGUUAACAGGGAUGUGUUUUACUUCAAGAGUCUAUUGGAGGGAGAUCCACCCAUGGCUCCACCCAACCCUUCAUACAGUCAGAAUGUGCAGGAACUGAAAAAGAGAGUGCUCUCCAUUUCAGACUGGCAGCCGAACUACAAACCUCUCAGUCUGUCUGAGCUCAGUGAACGAGUCAAAGACAUAUGGGGCGCACUGUUAAAUGAGAACUUUGUCUUUAACUUCCGUAACUCUUUGGAUAUGGGAGUGUACAGUGAUCUAGAGAAAGAGUACCAGAGUUGGUCUUGGCAGUUGAGGAAAGAAGCUUUAGAGACACAAGCGACCUUGAACGGCAGAAUUAAAAGUGGAGAGUUGAGUAAUAUCAGUGAAUCAAAGAUAAAAGAGAUGUUUGCAGACACUUAUAAUGCCAUCAAAAUGAAUGUGGACAAAUAUUUCAGGACACAGAAACAUUCUGAUAUUCUCUCUCAGUGGAUAGUUUUAAUUGAUUCGAGACUGGAAAGUUUGAUAAAUGAAGUCACCAAUGAAACCUAUGCAAAAGGAUUUAAGGAAAUAAAGCAAAGACAACUCAAACUAGAGCUUGACAGCAAGAUGAAACAGUAUGAGAAAGAUUUGUUUCAGAAGAGCAUGGCUGCAGCAUCUGAACUCAGAAAUCAAACUCCAACCGAUGAUCUAAUACAGAGUGAAUUUAACAGACUCUGGAUACAGUGGACAACGGAUCUGUCCGAUAUGAAUCCUAAAGAAACUGAAAUAGAUGUUCAGGUAAUGGUUGAAAAUGCUGUAUUUGAUCGCUUUGAAAAACACAAAAAUACCAUUUGUAACAUAUCAGAAAAAGAGUUUAAAUUUGAUAAUGCCAAACAUAUCAAAUUUUCACUCUUAAAGCCUUUCAAAUACGAUCGUUUUAAUGAUUUAGGUAAUGACAUUUCUAAACGGAUUUUAGAGGACACUAAUAGAAGAAUAACUCAGAAGGCUGCUGAGAAAAAUGAAGUAACUGAGAAUUUCAUUCAUGAGAUUUUGGGGGAAAUUGAGGAAAUUAUCCAAAAAUGUCAGAGUUCCUGUGAUUUACAAUUCACAAGUUUGUACAAAGCCAGCAUAUCUGCUUAUGUUUGCAAAAAAGUAACUUGCAAGCUUAGAAAAAUAAAUGAAGAUUUAAAGUCAGCAAAUGAUCCCAUUAAACAAUUAAUGAAUCAAAAGCAAAAUUACUUUGAACUGUACAAACAGUACUGUCAGGGCGCUGAAUCAGUUAAGACUUUUGUCUCAGUUCUCACAAGCAAACUUAAAGGACCAAUGCAAUGUGCUCUUUUUGACAUGUACAGCAUUGACAUAGCAGACCAUCUGAAGUCACACCACCCAGCACUUAAACAUAAUAAAUUUAAUUUGGAGCUUCACAUAAUGAAACAAUUGGCAGAAAAAGAGAAUUUUAAGGAUUACAUGAUGUACAAUCAAAAUCCAAAAUAUUUCUAUCGAGAGUUCAUUAGAGAAUGUGUUGUCAACUAUAUUGAUGAUGAAGCAAAAGUUCUAGAGGCACUUACAUCCAGCUGGUCACAACUGACAGACAUAGUUUUGGUUGAGAGCUCUUCUGCAUCAGAAAAUAUGAGAGAAACACAGGGAAAUGCCUCGAUGUGGCUUGAUCAGUUUUGCACAGGACUUUACCGAACAGACCAUCGGAAACACCAUAUUCAUUUGUCAAGAAAUGAUUUGAGUACUAUUGAAGAUAUGCACAUUGAUGAUGCACAAAUUCUCCAGGAGUCAGUUGCUCGUUCGCUCAAGGAAAUGUUGGAGGAAACACUGAAGGACCCCAAAAGUCUUUUGGGCUCAAAGCCUUUGAUUUUCAAACUCAAAGAAAAGCCAGUUGAUAUUCUGUUUGAACAGCUGAGUGGAUGCUGGGAGCAGUGUCCUUUCUGUAAAGCUGUGUGCACAAACACCAUUCCGAAUCAUACCACAGAUCACACCGUUGAGUGGCAUCGCAGCCAAGCCAUCGGUGGUCUUUUUCAUGAUCACUGGAGUUUGAGACUUUGGAAACAUUAUCGCCUAGAUAAGGAUGCAGGUAAACCUUUUGUCAUUGACAUGUGAUCAACAUCAGUUAUCAGUGACUUUACAUUCAAAGUACAAACACAAUGGAUCCCUUUAAAAAACUACAAAAAUGCAGGCCAUCCUUAUAAUACCUGGAAAAUUCCAGAAGACAAUAACGACAGAUUAUAUUGGAAAUGGUUUAUCUGCACCUUCAAAAAACAGCUUGAAGAACAGUAUCAUUUCAAAUUUGAAGGCCUUGGAAAAAUCCCGGAGAACUGGCAAAACAUUACAAAGGAAGAGGUCCGAAAUGAGAUGGAUGCCAUAAUAAAUGAAAAUGAAAUAAACAGGAUUCAAAGAAACAAAUGAUUAUCCGGACCAUCAAAAGAAAGGCGUAUCACAGAAAAACAUUUUUUUUUCUGUGUGUAUAAUAGUCUUUAAGCAUUAAAUAUGUUCAUUUAUCAUGCCAACUGGAAGUGUUUGUAAACUACAUUAUUUCUGCAUUGUUAAUAGUAAAAGUUUGUAUGUUUUGUCAUUUUACUAAGUGUUGAAGAUAAAUGGGAAACUUGUUUGAAAUAUUUAUACUAACAAUUUAUCAUGUCAUGCUUAAUAUAAAUGUUAUACUUUUUUGGUUCUUUUCACCUCGCUGCAUAUUUUAUCAGAAAAAGCCAAGUGUGGGUGUGACGAACUGAAAGAUGUGAAAAGAUUAACUAAAAGAUUUAAUGAAAAUGACCAACUUUAAGAAGUGUGUAAUGUUAAAAAAGGCAUAAAAAUGAUCUGCAAAUGUACAUCACAUUAUUAUAUGAAAUACAUGGAUAUUGUUGCUGUGUUAACCUUAUUUUUUAACUGUUUGUCAUAUCUGAAAUCUAUAAGAUGAAAAAUAAAAGAAUAUCUAAUCAAAUGUCCUGUUUAUGUUGUGCUUGCCAAACACAAAUAAUUAUGUCAUGGCAGCCCAAUAAAAUAUUCACAUGACAACAGACAAAAUUAAAACUUAAGUAAUUUUUAAAUUGGCAAA